AAUGGGCGGAGACUUCGAAUGGUCCCCGAGACCAGCUAUUCCAGGGUCGUGUACUUGGGGCGCAUGCGGCAACCUUUUCUUAGCUCUCGCGAUGCUUCGUCUUCCCGGAAGCGCUGGAGGGCCUUGCCUGUUAACGGCGUCGCGAUGUGUGGGGACUGUGUGGAGAAGGAAUAUCCCAACCGGGGUACCAUCUGCCUGGAGAAUGGAUCUUUCUUGCUGAACUUUACAGGCUGUGCAGUAUGCAAUAAGCGGGAUUUUAUGCUGAUCACAAACAAAUCUUUGAAAGAGGAAGAUGGAGAAGAAAUAGUUACCUAUGAUCAUCUCUGUAAGAAUUGUCAUCACGUGGUAGCCAGGCAUGAGUAUACAUUCAGUAUCAUGGAUGAAUUUCAGCAAUCUUUCCACUGCCGCUAAAGUCCCUGCCGAACUCACUGUUGGAAAUGGAAAGUCAUUGUUCUCUGAGACCCUCUCUGCAGUGACUGUCCAGGCCCAUGAAACACAAACUGCCUCAAGUGAUCAAGUUCCAGACAGCAGCACUCUCAAUGUCAGGUGUGGAAGUACUAAUAGAUUUCACACGGAUGUUUGUUUUCUAAAGAAGAUAAAAGGUUUUUAAGCAAAAGUUUUAAAAGAAAUAUAUUUGUGUAGUUUAUGACCAUAUUAAAUAUUCUAGAAAGGGACAGCUAUAAGAAUAGGACUUUGCCCUAAGGAUUUUUACCUAAAACAAAAUCCCUUAUGUCACCAGUCUGGACAUUUAAGCCCAAGGAAUAUAAAACUUCUUAAAUAAAUCCAAUUCCAGACAACUAGCUAUCUAAAUAUGAGGCAUGACAUACUAGUGGGUUUAACACAAUUGUUUUUUUUCCCUGGAGUAGAUAAAAGUAACUUUUUUGAUUUGAGAAUUUUCUCCCUUUUUUGUUGUUUUUAAAAUCAUUUCUAUUGCAUAUUAGUGUAAAAUAUCCUAGAAAGGAACAACUCUGAGAACAGGAAUUUGUCCUUAGGGACUGUGCUCAAAUUGCCUCAUUACUUUAGAUAGCAGCACUAAGCCCAAUAUGUGUGGUGGCUUUUUUUUCUUUUUUUGGUGAG